AACACAAAGAUAAAUUGAUCCGAACUUUCCUAACCAAAUCAACUUCCUGGUUGAGGUUCGGUUCCUUCCAAUAAUCUUCUCAUAAUCGUAUACCAGAAACGACGCCGUAACAGUAUCAUUAUCCAUUGAAGAUGACGCUAGAUGAUGAUGUGGCAACUUAUUUUUACUAGUUUUUGUUCCUCUUUUCGUUUGAUAAGAAGCGAGAUGGAAUCUUUGCUGCUAGAUAAUAGAGAAAUCUAUGGAACCCUAUCAUGACGACGAUGGAUGAAUACAAAGCGAAAUCGAAGCUGAGCGAGAGCUCAACCUCCACGGUCUGGCUAGCGAAGCACAUGCCAACCGGAGAAGAAGCGGUGAUGAAGUGCUUCCAUCUCUCGAAGCUCAAUCACAAUCUCAGAACCUGUUUGGAAAACGAGCUCGAGUUUCUCUCUUCGGUCCAUCACCCCAACAUCAUCCGCCUCCUCCAAGUUCUCCACGACAAGGAUCUACUCGUCAUGAUUCUCGAGUAUUGCGACGGUGGAACUUUAUCAUCUUACAUUAAGCGUCACGGGAGGGUUGAAGAACAUAUCGCCAAGAGAUUCAUGAAGCAAAUUGGAGCUGGUUUAGAAAUCAUUCAUGAUAACCACAUUAUCCAUAGGGAUCUUAAACCGGAGAACAUUAUAAUAGCUGGAUCAGGUGAUGAAUCUGUGUUGAAGAUAGCUGAUUUUAGUCUUUCAAGAAAGCUGCUUCCGGGAAAGUAUCUAGAGACGGUGUGUGGUUCUCCGUUUUACAUGGCUCCCGAAGUUCUUCAGUUUCAGAGAUACAAUGAAAAGGCUGACAUGUGGAGUGUAGGAGCGAUUCUAUUCGAGCUUCUUCAUGGUUAUCCACCUUUUGGUGGUAGGAACAAUGUUCAGGUUUUAAGGAACAUCAAGUCUAGUUUAUCUCUUCCUUUCUCUCGGUCGAUUGUUCAGCAGUUGCAUCCAGAUUGCAUUGACGUGUGUUCAAGGCUGCUCUCUACUAACCCAGUUACUCGUCUCUCAUUUGAUGAAUUCUACAAACAUAAGUUCUUCAGUAUCUGGUGAUAUCCCUGAGGUUAAAGGAAGAUGGAAAUUCUAUGUAAUGUGUCAAAUUUUCUAGAAACCUUGUAUAGAAUCACUUGUGACUCGGCUUGUUUUUACGUCUCAUAGAUAUAGUUUGAUGAUGUAAUGUUUAAUGAAAAGGCUAGGGUUUAUCCUUUGUGGUAAAUAUCUCCUGAAUGAGUAUAAAAGACCCUUCUUUGAUGA